AUGACCCCUGUCAGACCGAGGACAACUGUACAACUUCUGCAAUUUACAGACAGACAUGGACAACUGGCAACUGUCAGGCAUUAUGUGUUGAGUGGAUGGCCGAGAGAAGUAGACUCCGAGCUUCGACAUUACUGGAAUCGCCGGCACGAGCUAAGUGCCUUGGGUGGUUGUGUACUGUGGGAGUCUCGAGUCAUUAUACCUCAGAAGGCGUGGCCGAGGGUGUUGGAGGAAUUACAUGUGGCUCACCCGGGGGUAUCUAGAAUGAAGAGCCUAGCAAGAAGCUACAUUUGGUGGCCAGGAUUGGAUGCUGAUAUAGAGAAGAUAGCAAAAUCUUGCGGGACAUGCAAAGGGCAUCAGCGAUCACCACCAAAAGCGCCUCUUCACCCUUGGGCACAGCUGGAACGUGCGUGGUCGAGAUUACAUAUCGACUUUGCUGGGCCAUUCUUGGAGCGGUGGUUCGUUAUACUGUCAGAUGCGUACUGUACAUGGUUGGAAGUAAAACCAAUGAGUUCCCCCGCAACUGGACCUACCAUUCGGGUGCUACAGUCUAUUUUUUGCGACCCACGGACUACCUGA